UGCAUUCUUUUCUAACCCACUCUUGUUCUACUCAACUACUUCAUUUAGGUUCUAUUCCCUCAUCAUAAUGUCGAGCAGACGAUCCGCAGGAACUCCAAGGAUCACAGACGAUCAGAUCAUAGAACUCAUCUCCAAACUGCAACAACUUCUUCCUGAGCUUCGAAAUCGUCGUUCCAACAAGGCAUCGGCUUCAAAGGUGUUACAAGAGACGUGUAACUACGUGAGAAGCUUGCAUAAGGAGGUUGAUGACCUUAGUGAUCGUCUAUCACAGUUAUUGUCCACCAUUGAUGACAGCAGUCCUCAAGCUUCCAUCAUUAGAAGUUUAAUUAAUUAACUAAUUAAGUAUAAGUAUAUAGAUAAGUACUUCAAUUAUUUCUUAAAUAUUAGUCAUAUGGAUAUUCCCUGUUUGACUGUUUCCAAUCCAUAUCUUUGUAUUUGAUC